ACCUGUAUGUGAUUACCACAGAGACCCAGCAGGGCUUCUACUCCAUUGUCUUCGCUAUAAAGUCUCCCUUUUGAAUAUUAAUACACCUUAUGCGUAAACAAAGCUUAAAAUGUGCCCAGCUUCACAUGGAGUAGUGUGUGUGUGUCUUCAUCCAGCCAGCAGAGGUCGCCCUGCAGACAGGCUGCUGCUCUCUUUAGACUUUCUCCUCACAAUUAGGCUGCUGGAACACAACAGAGGGGCUAAUUAGCUCAGUUUGACACCAGGAGGGGUGUUAUUGGACUUUAAAAACCAGUCACCCAGCAGCUCCUACAUCCUUAAAAUUGCGUCCCCAGAGUGCACCCAAAUGCCUUCUCUCAUCAUCCAUCUGGAGCAGGUCUGCAUCAUGAGGAAGGUUCCAGCCAGCAGCAGCUAAAUGUCAAACCUUUGGCAAAGUGUGCGCGCCUCCCUGCGCCACUCGGUGCUGAUGGGUGGACCGAGCGGAGCGGAGGAGCGAUAAGAGGAGCGUCUUCCUUCAUUUACCUCCACCACCUCCAUCCUCCCCAAUCCUCCAGCCUUGGACACCGCGACGAGGAUUGAUCCGAUGUAUUAUUUACGACCGAAACUUCAGCAACUUCUCCACUGGAUAUGGCUCCCGGUUUGAGGAGCGGGCGGAGGACAGCAGGUCACCCCGGUGAUGGGCGCUCCUCUCCCCGGCGGAGGAGGACGGAUGCCGGCUUAGAGGGGAGGUGUUUGAGGAGGACCAGGUGCAGGCGAGCCGGGAUGCUCGCACACAACUGUCUGCUGUCUGUGGGGAUGCUUGCACUUCUUGUCCGGUGUGCUUUGGCUGCAGAGGAAAAAUCCACCUACGAUGCCUCCGGCUUCUCGUCUUUACCAAGCGACCCCACAGUCACAGCUGCUCCUGCUAAUCCAUUGGCUGACCCGUCGGUGGCAGAGGAGGUGCCUUUCUCAGUCUUCCAUUCAGAUGGCGACUCAGAGUCUGGGGGAGGUUUAUCAGGGCGACCUGCCUUUUCUUCUGUCUUAACCGUCAUGGCAGGAACUGUCAAACAUCCAGUGAGUCUGGAUCAAAGUAGAACCUCGCCAACCAUCACCAGGGACGAGACCCACACCACCCAAUGGCCUUCACAUCGUUCCAGCCAGGGCUCGGAGAUGUCCUCCUCAUCGUUGUCUGCGGGAGAUAGGAUCGCCUUCGCCAGCUCAGAGGCGGGGACGGAUGAGUUAACCGCUGGAACAUCCAGAGCAGUUGCGCUCACUUUCCCCAAAGAAAAAGCAGCCAGUCUAGCGCCCUCUCAAUCAGUCAGAAUUACCCUUUCUGACGGGCCCACCGAGAGGACAUCUCAGGUAUCACCUCUGCCCCCUCGACAGGACACCCCAACAGACUCUGUCCAGUUUAACUCCCCAACUGUAGCUUCAGCCACCAAAACUACCAUGCCUUCCCUAAGAGUCACCACCGGAACCACACAGUCUGCUACCACACCACAGCCUGCGCCUGUGACCAGGAGAACGACGACCACCACGACCACCAGGAGUCAAACCAGCAGGAGAACGUUCACGCCACCUGUCCCUAGAACGAGCCCUCCCAGGGUGGGCACCACCAUCUUCAUUUCCCCUUUUACCACCACCACAGAGGCUCCACCACAGCAGUGCAACAUCACAGAGAGAUUGUGGGUGAAAACAGUUGUUUCCAUCUAUGUGAGAAGGAACAGGCUGGACAGCAUUCAGAGGCAGAACCUGCGAAGGGGACUAAGUCAAGGCCUCCGAAAAGCUCUGAAUGAUACCUCUGCCCAAGCACAGGUGGAGACAGUAUUUGGUUCUCCCAACAUGACGGUGGCUUAUCACGUGACUGGAGGGGACAUGGUUUACUCUCCCUCUGUAGUGCUGGCAGGAUUGGACUCCUAUGGCCGUGAUAAACUGAUUUCAGACCUGCGACAGUACCUCCCCAUGGUAACAGCCCUGCCCCUCCCAGUUGCAUUAUGGAGAUCCACCCCAGCCACUGGCUUCCAGCUGAAAACAGUGCUGCAGUUUGUGGGAACAGGCGAUGAUCCUCGGUCCUGUCGGUUCUCUCAAAUGAUGGAACAGAGGCUCGAGAAGGUGUUUUCUGAAGCACAGGCCAAAGUGCUCAACACCAACAAUAGACUCUCUGUUCAGAUGCUGAGUGUCUCCCAGGCAGCAGGCUCUCCGGCUGUGUCAUUGGUCUACACUGUGAGGAAUGGGACUGUCUUCCUUAAUGGCACCGCUGCCUCAAACCUCCUUGGUCAGCUGUCAGCUGAGCUGGUGGGCUACUUCCUCUUCUAUCCACCACUUAUGAUUGCUGAGCCACUGGAGUAUCACAAUCUGAACACCUCCAUUGCCACCAGAGACUUCUGGGUUAUUACAGUGAUCCAGGAUGUGGAUAACGCCAGCCUGGAGGGACAGUACCAAAGCUUUGCCAGUCUAAUGGAGCAGCGGCUGGCAGAGCUGUUUGUGUUGGCAGGGCAGCAGGGCACUCGUUUCAGACGAGCCACUGCUGUAGGCAGCUACACUGUCCAGAUGGUGAGUAUCCGUAGGGUGCCGGUGUUGAAGAAUCCAGCCGAGCUGACCUACUACGUCCAGCAAAAUGGCGUUCCUUUAUCGGGCGCGUCAGCUGCCAAGGUCCUGAACACAGUAGAUUCUCAGACCAUGGCGCUCACCUUGGGCUACUUUGUCCAGCUGCAAGCAGAGCCUGUGGUCAAGAACCCUCCUAAUAACCUUUGGAUUAUCGCUGCGGUGUUGGCCCCCAUCGCCGUAGUAACACUUAUUAUCAUCAUCAUCACAGCUGUGCUGUGCAGGAAGAAUAAAAAUGACUUUAAAGCUGACGCCAUCGGCAACCUCAAUCCCCGAGCUAAGAUGGCGUAUCGGAGAGAUGUGGGCUAUUAUCACCAGCCAGUCCAGGGUUUCGACUAUGCCAAGCAACACCUGGGCCAACAGGGAGGAGACGAGGAGACCCUGCCUGCCAGUCAGGAUACCCUGGUGAUGUCCCUAAAAAUUCGGGACACACCACUCUCACUAGAAAAAGCCCUGCAACAAGACGGAACCGCCAACAAGAAAAGCCUCAGCUCUGACAAACACAAGAGCAAGUUGCCGAGCGAGGACGGUUCCGUCAUCAGCAACGAAUCAGAGAAGCUGAAUUCCGGCAGGGGCUUGACGGUGCUGAAAGUCACAGCACAGCAGAAACUGACAAAGGAGGAGACGCGCAAGAGGGACGAUCCAUAUGACACCUCCUCUGGCUCCCUGCAGCUCAUCUCCGUAAAGCCCAUGGCAGCUCAGCCCCACUACACACACCCUGCAUCCUCUGACCGCAGCCACGACUCAGCCAUCGUCAAUGGAGAGGUGAACUUGGCUCUGAAGCAGAAGUCAGACAUCGAGCACUACAGGAACAAGCUGAGACUGAAGGCUAAGAGGAAGGGCUAUUAUGACUUCCCCUCCACAGACGGCAGCAGCAGCGGUCGAGCCGUGGUGCAGCGACAGCGGCACGGCCAUGAGAGGGCAGCCGGUGAGCAUGGCAGACCACUGGAGCCUGAUGAUGAGCGAGGUUCCACUUAUGUCAAGUCUCACAGGAGGCACUCGCAGGUGGGGCAGACGGCCUAUCGCAGCAGACAGAGUCUGAGCAGUCCCAGUCCUGGAGGAACAGAGAUGGACCUGCUUGUUAUGAGGGAGAGACCCAGGAGAGGCAUCCGCAACAGUGGCUACGAUACUGAGCCUGAGUUGAUUGAGGAGACGAAUAUUGACCGUCUCAUUGGGCCGCGGGGGUACAUGUACGGCCAGGGCUUGAAAGGCCACUCGGAGACAUCCACUCUGAGCUCACAGCCGUCCAUUGACGAAGUGCGACAGCAGAUGCACCUGCUGCUGGAGGAGGCAUUCAGCCUGGCUUCAGGAGGGCAGUCCACAUCCGGACGGCACUCGCAUCACCACCACCCGCCUCCUGACCACUACAGCCCGGCGCCGCCUCCCCUCCCCUACGCAGACGUGGUGACCAGCGCCCCGGGUACGAUGAGCUGUGGACGGGGAGGCCUGCAGUGGGUACCAUCCUAUGGCGCAGAAAUGUAUCAAUGCAGCCUGCCCAAGCCGGCCUUUCGCUUCACCCAGCUUCCUGAGAUGGCCAUGGGUUCUCCUCCCCCUUUACCGCCUCGCACUGGACCUCCUCCUGGGACCUCCUUAAGACGUUCCACAUCUGACUUGGGGCCUAAGGGAAGGAGCUCAGAGACAUCUGUCGCUGAAAUGCAGAGUCAACAUGACAACAACCCAUAUGGGCCAACGACUAGAGCAGCACUUCCAUCUAUCACUGCAGAGAAGCCUGUGUCCAACUACUCAGGAAACCCAAUAACAGCCGUCUACGCCAUCCCAGCCACCAGGCCCGGCUACUCAGAAUACUUUGUCUCCACACCAACCACGUCCUACCACAGUCCCUCCUGGAUGUCCUAUCCACCUGAACCUGAGGAUGUGCCGCCACAGUGGGCAGACUCCGUGCCCCUGCCUGGGUAUGUAGAGGCUGCUUUUCCUCACCCUCGCUACCCACAGGGGAGCCCCACCAGGCUUCCCCUGCAGUAUAACCACCAAGCACUGGAGCAGCCGCCCGCUGCCCAUAGCACAGCAUCCCAGCAAUGCCUGCCGCAGGUGGUGAAGGACAUGGACAGCAUGCCCCUGAGCAGCCUCUCCACCUCUGCACUCGUGCAGGCCAUCCGGCAGGAGGUGGCCAAGCUGGCGAAGAAGCAGAACGACGUGUUUGAGUUCUAGUUUUAACUCUGCCCCCCUUGCGUGCAGGAGAUGGUGAACGGCGCAUUGGUCUUCAACAGAGGUACACAAAGGCGGUGCUCCUUCAGACUGAUUUUUGAUGUUUGUACUGUAAAAUGGACUUUACCCACUGAUUACCCACCGAUUGAUUUCUUUUCACACACCAUUGGUGUUUUGCAGCCUCUGAAAUGUAUGUUUUAUUUUUAGAAAAAAAAAAUGCCAUCCUCUAUUGAUGAUGUCCCAAAUAACUACAUGCAUCUGUUCUUUGUAGAUAUGUCAAUAGGAUACGCUAAAAUAUGGAAAAUAUAAUUUUUUCCAGGAUUAGACAUUUUUUUUUUAAUCAGAAUCAAUUGAGAAGAGA